AAAAGAUUGUUGUUGCUCCGGGCAACAAACCAAAGUAUGCUAGCAAAUCGCUAAAAUCAUUCAUCAGGCUUUCUCGUAUAAACUAGCGUCUUAUUGAUUUGAUAUCCGCAUUUAGUUGCCGCUUUAUAUUGGUGUUUUGGGAAUUGUCAAAAUAUACAUCACAUUUGUACAUAUUUUAGCGGUUUAAUAUCCGUAUUUGCUGCAGAGCUGGUGCACAACGGCAUUUGUUACUACAGAGCUACACCUCUGAAAACUACUGCUUGACGAUGGCUCCAUGUCUUCAAAAGUCCAUCUUCUAUCGAAUAUGAUCACAUAUUUUCAAACAAAAUUUGUCUCUAAAUCCCAUUCAUCCACCUUCAAACCCAUGGGGACCAGAGACCUGCCGCUGGAUGCCUUUACUGAUACGCAGUUUUUAUUUCAAGCAUCUCUGGACUAAAUUCAGUUGCCAUGCGCAUCACCUUCUGCCAGACUCUGUUAACUGGUGCCAUCAUCGUCAACCUUCUAAUUCUCUAUUAUGUAUCCCGGGCCCAACAACAAAUGAUGGAGAAGAGGAAGGAGCUUGGCCAUGGCACCAGGAGGGCCGCUCGGCCAGUCUCUGGACUUGGAGGAGGACUGGGAUUUGUUGGAGGAGCCGGAGGUGAACAUGAGGGACACAGUCGAAGCCCACGUGUCACUGUUCUUCUUCGGGAGUUUGAAAACUUUGAGAAUUACGUAGGCGAUGUGGCGAAUUCCUUUCUUCAUCAGCGACCAGAGCUUCCCUUCCUGGCUGUGACCGAUGUGUUUCCAUACCCUCCCCUUGUGCUUCCCGAGGGCACUCGGCUUCUAGUGCUCUCCCCCAGCCCAGAGCAACCACCGCAAGCUCACAGGCCAGAGUUUCACGUGCAGACGGAAUUUGUGUUGCUGGUGCCUGAUGGAGUGGAGCUGGAGCAGCCGCGAGUCAUUGAGCGGCUGAUCAGGGAGUUGGAAGGGGAAGGUGGAGGUCCUGUGAGGCUGGUAGCUGCACCGGUUCUAGCUCGAUCUGCUGUGCAGUGUCUCCACUUGCGGGUGAACCUCAGAGAGUGGACAGCCACCUACUCACCCGCAGCAUCUGGAAGCAGUGGGAGCGUGUGCACAGCUUUACAGGGGGAUGCAGUUGUCCUAAUGCACACCGAGGAUCUUUUCAACCUCUCUGUCCCUCUGGGACGUCCCCUCUUCCCAGCUCUUUUUGUCCAGACCACAUUAAGAGGUUGGAAGGUCAAACUGCUGGAAAGCCCUUGUUUCUCUGCAAGCCACAGGCCACUUUUCAGCUCUGCACACAACCAGUGGAAGGCUGACACCCGACUGAAAGAGGCCACGGCAAAGCUCAUGAGAAGUUUUGGUCUGAAACGCCUCCUGUUGUCUGAUGGGAAGGAGCAGUGGUAUGGCUGCAGUAAAGAAACCCCUCGCUGCUUUGGAACCGUACUGGAUGACACUCCAGACUAUCUGUACCUGGACCGCUGGACACCUCCUUGCUGUCUGAGAGCUCUAAGAGAAACCACUAAGUACGUUAUCAAUGUCUUGGAGAGCUCUGGGGUCCGCUACUGGCUAGAGGGAGGUUCUCUGCUCGGUGCUGUUCGCCAUCAAGACAUCAUUCCGUGGGAUUACGAUGUUGACCUGGGUAUCUACCUGGAAGAUGUGCCCAACUGUGAUCACUUAAAGAACCUGGACUCAGGCUCUCUGGUGGAUGCUAAUGGCUACGUGUGGGAGCGGGCCGUAGAAGGAGACUUUUACAGAGUACAGUUCAGCGAGGCCAACCACCUGCAUGUGGACCUGUGGCCGUUCUAUUCGCGUAAUGGCGUCAUGACCAAAGACACGUGGACAGAGCACAAGCAAGAUGUGGAGUUUCCAGAACAUUUCCUGCAGCCGUUGGUCCCCAUGCCUUUUGCAGGCAUCACCGCCUUCGGCCCGAACAACCACAAAGCCUUCCUGGAGCUUAAGUUUGGGGAGGGGGUGAUAGAGAACCCCCAGUAUCCAAAUCCAGCCAAAAAAAGGUUGGACAGAAGCAAAUUAUGAGUAAAAAUUUAUUUUUAUUUAUUAAAAUAAACUAAGAAAAUAUUUCCUCAAAAUGCAUUUUCUUUCAAAAGUGUUGACAGACAAAGGUGCUGACCAACAAUGCCAAAAGGAUUUUUCUGUUCAUGUUUCAGCAACAUUUGGUCUGGUUUCUGUCUUUGACAGAGUGUUUGGGAUGUAAAGUUUCAAAUAAGAAACUGAAAGUGUACAGUAAAAGUAUUACUACUAGAAAGAUAAAGCAUUAAAAACAAAUUAUGAGAACGAUUUCUGUUAAUGCUCUAAACCAGAUCCUAUUCAGCAUAUUUGAAGUGACGCAUUGAGCUCCCGGUGUCUGGACAGUUUGAAUGUAGUGAGUUAACUUUCAUUAACGUGAAUGGAAUUGUGUGCAAUAUUAAAUGAGCACACCAACUGGAAUACACUGGGUUUAAAAAGUGAGUUUUAAAAAAUAACCUACUUCCUCCUUUGCUGCAAGUUUUCUGCUGUGUUGAUAGAUGUGUGUUAUGUAUUAGCCUGUCUCUGCAUUUCAUGAAAUUGAGAAAUAAAUAAAUUGCAAAGUUA